UUGGGAGAUCUUCGUUAUGUGAGACUCUGGGUGGAUAAUUCCGGCCGUGGAGAAUGCGAAUCAUGGUACUGUAAUCGUGUGAUCAUAAAGGACUUGCAUACUGGAAAGAUCUAUCGUUUCCCAAUUUAUAAUUGGUUUGGGUCAUUUAUGGGAGAUGGAGAGGUGGGUGAUAGACUACUUUUCUCCUUCAAGCCGAUAAUUGAGUAA